AUGUCGCCUCGCGAGUCAAUCGACGACCAGCGGUCCCAGACUGAUGGCGACAAGAAAUCAAAGUCCCGGCGACCCGCCAAUACCGCAUUCCGUCAACAGCGACUAAAAGCAUGGCAACCAAUUCUGACGCCAAAAAGUGUCUUGCCUCUUUUCUUUAUCGUUGGAAUCAUAUUCGCUCCGCUGGGUGGUGUCUUACUCUGGGCCAGCUCUCUGGUCCAAGAGAUUUCAAUCGAUUACACCAGCUGUCUAACUGACGCUCCGACGGAUGGCCAGACAUACAUCUCCGACCGCGUCUCCUCGACCUUCAAAUCGAAGAUGAAAACCGAUCCCUACUGGGAGCGAUCUACCGAUAACACUACCUGCAAACUCUUCUUCAACAUCCCGGAAUCCAUGGGCCCGCCCGUUUUCCUAUACUACCGUCUCACGAACUUCUACCAAAACCACCGUCGAUACGUGCAGUCUCUGGAUCUGAAUCAACUGAAGGGUACCGCGGUUUCGAACAGCUCGAUCUCAAGCGGCGACUGUGAUCCCAUGACGACUGACCCGGCUACCAAGAAAGCCUAUUACCCUUGUGGAUUGAUCGCCAAUUCCGUGUUCAACGAUAGUAUUGGCAACCCCAUUAACCUGCUUGAGACCGAAGUCCCCUACUACAUGACCAAGAAGGGCAUUGCCUGGGAGAGUGACAAGGCGCUUUACGGAAAGAGCAAAUACGAUCCCUCGCAGGUGGUUCCUCCUCCUAACUGGUCUAAGUAUAACGGCAGCUACACCAGUCUUCCGGAUCUUCAUGACGAUGAGGACUUUAUGGUUUGGAUGAGAACCGCUGGAUUGCCUUCGUUCAGUAAACUGUCCAGGCGGAAUGAUACCGAUGCUCUGCAGCCGGGAAAUUACCAAUUGAAUAUUGUGGAUAACUUCCCCGUUACUGAGUACGAUGGCACCAAGUCAAUUCUCCUCUCCACUCGAACUGUGCUUGGAGGCCGGAACCCAUUUAUGGGAAUUGGCUAUGUCGUGGUUGGAGGUGUCUGUGUCCUCCUUGGAGCCUUGUUCACAGUUGCCCAUCUUAUUCGCCCGAGAAAACUGGGUGACCACACCUACCUGACCUGGGACUCGACCAACCAACCCAACACGGCGUCGAUGGCCACAGGACGUGACAUGCGCCCAUCAUCAUAA